AUGGUGUUGAACGGCAAGGUCGCACUAAUCGCAGGAGGAGUGAAGAACCUCGGAGCCGAAUCAGCUCGGGAGCUUGCUGAGGCGGGUGCCGACCUGGCUCUUCACUACAACUCCGCAAGCAGCAAAAGCAAUGCCGCUGAGCUAGAGACACAACUGAAGCAGAAGUACCCGAAUUUGAAGGUCGCAUUCUAUCAAGGUGACCUGACCACGGCAGGCGCUGUGGAGAAAUUGUUUCAAUCGGUGCUUAAGGACUUUGGCAAAAUCGACAUCGUCAUCAAUACGGUGGGCAAGGUGCUGAAGAAGCCCAUCACUGAGAUCUCCGAAGAGGAAUAUGACUCUAUGUUCGCUGGCGCAGCAUCAACUCCAAGGCUGCUUUUUUUCAUACUCAAGUCGGCGGCCGCCCACAUUGCCGAUGAUGGCAAAAUCAUCUCCAUCGUCACAGCUCUUCUAGGAGCUUUCACCGGGUUCUACACCUCGUACGCCGGGUCAAAGGCGCCCGUCGAGCACUUCACCCGAGGCGUCUGCAAGGAGCUGCAGGCGCGACGUGUGAGCGUGAACAACGUGGCUCCCGGGCCGAUGGAUACGCCCUUCUUCUACCCACAAGAGUCACCUGAGGCCGUCGAGUUCCACAAGAGCAACGGCAUGGGCAACCGCUUAACAAUGGUGCAGGACAUUGCCCCUUUGAUUCGCUUCCUCUGCACUGACGGCAAGUGGAUUACUGGGCAGACUAUUUUCGCCAACGGAGGAUACACCACCCGUUAA